AUGGCAAGGCUGCAGUCGGAUUUGUCCGCUCACUUCAAUGUGUUGGAACAAGACAUUUUGCAGUCCUUGCGUGGAAGCAUCGAGUAUGAGAGACUCGUGUUGCAAAAAGGACCUGUUGGAGAUGGAAAUCAGGCCUUGGUUGAGCCUUACUUUCGACGUUUGCACUUGUCAGCUGAUGCUGCACAACGACUUGGUUACAGUGAGGAGGUUGUUGCUCACAAUGGAUGGGUAAUGGAUUGGCCGGCCACUGAAGAUUUUGCCGCCCCUUCCUGGAGAAUGGUUUACCUUAGGCGACAUCUCUGUGUUUGGACAGACACCGUGAAGUUGCGAUACGGCGAGAGUGAAGUUGAUGCGCCCUUCCUUUGGCAGCACAUGACGGACUAUGCCGUUGGUAUGGCCAAAAUCUUCCAUGCAAUUCGAUUGGAUAACGCGCAUUCAACUCCACUGCAUGUGAGUCGGCACGUGCUCGCAAGGGUCCGUGAGGUCAAUCCCCACUGUUGGGUGUUUGCGGAGUUAUUCACAGGGAAUUUUGAGACAGACUUGUUAUACCAAAGAACUCUGGGAAUCAACGCUCUCAUUCGAGAGGCAAUGCAAUGUGACAGCCCAGCGGAUUUGGGGCACAAACUCCAAAGUCCGAUUUGGAACGGCCACCCAGUUGGAGCUUUAUCUCCUAUCCCGACCCUUGAUCGGGUUCCGCCAGCGCAAACCUCGCAGCAGAAGCAUUUGAGCAAGUGCCCAUCACGAACUCUGCUGGCCGCUCCUGCACGUGAUGCGGUGCCUUUGUUACCACGACACUGUCCUGCACUUCUGUUCGAUUGCACACACGACAAUCAGACUCCAGCACAGAAAAGGCAUCCAAGAGAUGCCCUUCCAAAUGCCGCUGUGGUCGCCGCAAGCUGUGCCAGUGCUGGUAGUGUCCGUGGCUACGAUGAGCUCUUCCCAACCAACCCUUCAGUAGUGUCAGAGCGCAGAGGAUACCCCAAAGCGCCAGAAGUUGAGGUGCUGAAAUUGGGUGGUUUUGGAUCACCGGCAGCUGCACCAGCUCAGACUCAGACUCAGCCUCAGAUUGAGAAGGAAAAGGAGUUCACGAUAACCUGGCACAGCAAGGCCUCCAAAGUUGUGGCACGUGGAGCUUGGGAUGGGUGGGGUGCCAAUCUCAACUUUAUCAAGAACCAAGAUGGUCUUUGGUCCGCCGUAUUGAAGGUAGAGACCAGCAGACUUCCCUUGCAGUACAAGUUCAUUGUGGAUGAUCAAUGGACUGUCAAUGAGCAGUUGCCCCUCGCCCAGGAUGAACAUGGGAACCGGAACAAUGUGCUCAGUGCGGCAGGCAUUCCAUCAGCUCCACCACCCAGUGGCAGCACUUCAAUGUCUGGACCUGAUGCAUUGAUCAACAAGUUGCCAGGAAUUCUCACUGUCAAACAGGUGCUAAACAAACUUCAUUGGCAGCUGGGAAAGGAUGGUUACACGGAGAUACACGUGCAAUUCCUCGCAGAUGACACUCUUGCCAUAGAACGCCGUUCGCCAGACAACUCACAUUCUGUGUGGUUUGUCAUCCGUUCAGCAUUCUGGCGGGAUCGCAUGGGUGAUGGUCUGGAUGCAAAGGUGUUGGAAUUGGAUGGCAUGGUUUCACACCUGCAUAUUGCAGCCACGCUUUUCGUCGGAGACCAGCAUGAAAAUGGCUUUCGCAAGGACAACAACUUUGUCACGGGCCUUGAGUGCUUCCUACACAUCUAUGGUUCCGUGCAAGAAGUUGCCCAUGUUUGGACAGAAGGUGGCAAUUCCAAGUUGCGUCUCACCCGCUUUCCGCCGGGCAGUGUUAUGGUGCUGAGUACAGAUGCAACAAAGGCGCACCAAAGGCAUUCUGCUGUCCUACAGCUAUUGGACGCCCAAGAGAUUUGCAGGCCGCUGGAAGCCAUAGCUUUGCACCAAUUGAACUAUCUCCUCUACUCCUGUGAGUCCGAAGAAAGGGAUCGUUCAAAUGGCCAACGAGGUGCCUAUGUUGUUCCAGGUUCGGGGCCACUGGCCUACUGUGGAUUGAUGGGUGUGUGUGCUGCUUUGGAUGAGGCCCGACGCAGCUUUACCGAGGAUCAGCUUUUGCACGCACCCAUUGCCGAGAAUCUGCGACAAGGUGAUUGGCUGAUGAAGUGUUUGGUUGAUCGCCUUGCGGACAUGCCUGGCCUGGAAAAUGUCAAAGCUUGGCUUCAACGAGCAGCAAAUAUUUUGUCUGACUGUCCCAGGACUCUGGCACCCUUCUACUUUGACCUUCUAGUGCCGGGGCUGUGUGCUGCGGCCAGCAAUUACUUCUUGGAGAGCUCCUCGGAGUUCAUCGCGAUUGCAAGCUACCAAUCGGACUUGAUCAGAGACCUGGCUUUGGCCACAGUUCAGUUUUGGGGAGCCACCAAGUCAGCGCCCUUACAUUGGGAUCGUGCUCAGACAGAGGGUUGGCACAAGCUCCCAUCCCUUUGCGCUGGCCUUCCGCACUUCUCUGCUGGAUUCAUGCGGAAUUGGGGGCGAGACACUUUCAUUUCGCUCCGUGGCUGUCUUCUUGUCACUGGGCGUUUCCAAGAAGCUCGUGACACACUGUUGGUGUAUGCCAAUGUCAUCAGGCAUGGCUUGUGUCCCAACUUGCUAGAUGCAGCCAACCGACCCCGCUACAACGCUCGAGAUGCGACUUGGUUUUUUAUGCAAGCCAUCCAAGAUUAUGUCGCAGAAUCUCCAGAAGGAGAAGAGUUUCUGGCGCAGCCAGUGAACUUGAAGUGGCCGGUGAAAGACUGGGAUGGGGAGUUGGCGGAGUUGGAGCCCAAGAACAUCGCUGAUCUGAUGCAUUUGAUUUUCUCAGCUCAUGCCAAGGGAAUCAGCUUCCGAGAGUGGGGUGCUGGUCGUGGCCCUGAGGCAGGGAAAGGCAUAGAUGACGACAUGAGCGAGCGGGGCUUUGACGUGAAUGUACGGCUAGAUGAGCAAACAGGCCUUAUCUAUGGCGGAAGUGAGCACAACUGCGGCACUUGGAUGGACAAAAUGGGUUCAUCUGCAAAAGCAGGAAACAAAGGCAAGCCAGCCACGCCGCGGGAUGGUGCAGCUGUGGAGAUCAUUGGCUUGCUGAAGUCUUCACUGCGCUGGGUAUGUGAGCUGGACAAGAAGAUCUUCAAAUAUGAGGGUGUCAAGACAGCGUCGGGCCAGUAUCUUGAGUACAAAGAAUGGAACCAGCGCCUUCAGGACAACUUUGAGCGGUUCUUCUGGAUAGACCCAGAUGAGAGGGGAGCGGUAUCAAGCACUUCGAUCUACAGAGACACUGUCGGAGCCAGUCGGCAAUGGCAAGAUGCUCAGCUUCGACCCAAUUUUUGCAUUGCAAUGGCUGUGGCACCUGAGCUCUUUGCGCCAGAACGUGCCAACGCUGCUUUGGGUGUGGUGGCCACAAAUCUCAUCGGCCCUUUGGGGAUUUGCACAUUGGAUCCAUCUGACAAAGAGUACCAUGGUGACUACCACAACGACAAUGAUUCUGGGGACAUUGCCAUUGCACAUGGCUGGAACUACCACCAAGGUCCUGAAUGGGUUUGGCCUUUGGGCUUCUUUUUGGAGGCCUGGCACAAAAUGCAACAUGACACAGAGUCUGCAAAUCCAAGACAUGCAAUGCGAUGGUUGGUGGGGCAUCGAUCUAUGCUGCGCAAAGCGCCAUGGAGAUCUCUGCCAGAACUCACCAACAGCAAGGGGCAGCACUGUGACCACUCCUGCCCUGCACAGGCAUGGAGUUUGGGCACGCUCUUGGCGGCAUUGCGUGUGAUGAACGAAUGA